AUGGCCAACACUUUCUUCUACUUGGCUCUUCUCACCAUCAUCUUUCAUUUGCCUAUCCCUACUUUCUCCAUGGAAUUAACCACCAUACUUACAGACCAAUCGGCUCUUCUAGCACUAAAACACCAUGUCGUUCACGACCCUGAAAAUGUCUUGGCAACUAAUUGGUCAACUUCUGCCCCUGUUUGCAACUGGUUUGGUGUCAAAUGGAUCCAAGCACCACAGAAUCACAGCUCUAAACCUUACUGGUUUAGGACUUGUAGGCACCCUUCCACCCCACUUGGGAAAUUUAUCAUUCCUCUCUCUUCUGUCGAUAGAAACUUCAAUGGAGAAAUCCCAUCAUGGUUAGGAUCAUUAACUGAGCUUCGUGAGUUGUAUCUUUACCGUAACAACUUCAAGGGUGUUGUUCCAUUCUCUUUAGGCUUUCUACCCAAGCUAGAGAUUUUGCGCUUGUUUAGAAACCAGAUUUCAGAACUCAUCGAUUUUACCGCCAAUAAUCUCACCGGUCGUAUUCCAAAGGAUAUGUUUGAUCUUCUUCCGAAUUUAAAAACACUGUUCUUGAGUGGUAAUAUGCUUUCCGGAAGAAUUCCAGCCAGUUUAUUCAAGUGCAAAGAAUUACGGUUUUUAUCGUUAUCAUUUAACCAGUUGGAAGGGAGUCUACCGGUAGAAAUUGGGAAUUUGAGUGAAAUUCCUGAACAGGUUGUGAAUCUAACUCUUCUCGAGCAGUUUGAUGUCACCUCUAACAAUCUCACAGGUACAAUACCACGUGAGAUUGGCAACCUAAAGAAUCUCGGAUUGCUGAAUUUGGCAGCUAACAAUAUUGCCGGUCCUCUGUCUGGCCAUCUUCCAUCAACCAUGGGCCUUUGGCUUCCAAACCUGGAAGUGUUAUACCUUGGAGGAAAUCACUUUGUUGGUCCAUUCCCGAUGUCUAUUUCCAAUGCCUCUCAGCUCGCCAUUCUUGAUUGUCAAAAAUUUGAAGUCCUAAACUUGGAGUAUAAUAAUUUAACUUCCUCAGGGAUGAGUUUUCUCUCUUCUUUGCCAAACUGUAGAGGCUUGGAAAUGUUGGAUUUCCGCUACAACCCAUUGGUCAGUGGUGAACUUCCAGUGGAAGUUUUGACUAGCAUGGAUUUGUCGACAAUCAGUUUCUCGAGUGAUAUCCCAACUGGGGUUGCAGAUCUCAAUGACCUCACUUAUUUUCCUUAUCCAAAUAGAUCACAGGAAGAGAAAGCGAAAUUGGUAACUCGGGCAGACUUGUUACCUUUAGGAACGUGGAAACGAAUUUCGUACCUUGAACUUCAUCUAGCUACUGAUGGAUUCAGUGAUAACAUUUACUUGGCAAUGGGAGUUAUGGUUCGUGUACCAAGGGACUCUCUCAGACGGGUUAAUAUUUGCAGUAAAGGUCUUCAAGUUAGAGUUAGAAGGAGGUUUUAA